AUGAAAUCUAGAUUCUCUUCAGAUUCCAUUUUUAUUCAAACAGAUUCCUAGUUUUGGAAUGAUUAGUGGAUUUAAAUGAAAGAAUCAGAUUUUAAAGAGGAUUAUUUUCUGAUCUAUUCUCAUAAUAAAAAAACUUACAAAAACAAGGUGUUCAAAAGACAUGGUCCAAUUAUUAAAAAGGUGAAAAAAAAUGUAAAUUUAUUGUGAUAUAUAAAAGGGAUUAGAAUUAUGGUGUGAUAUUACUAAUGCAAUGAUUGAGACCAUUUAGAUACAACAUGUUGGUUUAGGAUUAAGAAUAACAAAGAAUUCAUAUUGUUUAGAGUUAUUUGGAUAUAUUGAUGGUUGGUUUAAGGAAUUAAAGAAGUUCUGUAUUCAAAAGUAAAUAAAAAACCUAUUUAUUAUCAGUAAUAAAUUAGGUUGCGGGAACUUUGCAGAUGUAUAAUAAGUGAAUUAUAUUUUAAUAGGUUCAUAGAUUAAUAAGGAAAAGUGAUUAAAAAGAAUUUGCUGUAAAAAUUUACGAUAAAAAAUCUCAUAAAUUUGAUUCUGAAUGUAUCAUUAAGGAAUUAGAAAUACUGAGAAAAAUGGAUCAUUCAAAUGUUAUAACAGUUCUAGAAGCAUUUGAAUCAUAGAAAUCUGUAUUCAUUGUUACAGAAUUAUUAAAUAGUGGAAAUUUAGAUCAUAUUCUUUCAAAGACAGUACUUACAGAAGAUGAUGCUAUCAAAGGUAUUUUCAAAAUUAUAGAUGCUUUAACAUAUAUACAUUCUAAAGGUGUGAUACAUCGAGAUAUUAAACCAGAAAAUAUUUUAUUUAGAAAACCUAAUCUAGAAGAGAUGGUCAUAUCUGAUUUUGGAUUAGCUGAAUAUCAUAAUGAUGAAGGUCAAUAUAAAUAUCAUAGAUGUGGAACUGUAGGUAAUAUGGCACCAGAGAUUUUAAAAGAUCAAUCAUAUGAUUAUAAAGCUGAUUGUUAUAGUGCUGGGAUUAUAUUUUAUUAAAUGUUAACAUAAGUGCAAUCUCCAUUUAUUGUAGAAGAUUAUUAAGAAACCAUUCAAAGAAAUGAAUAAGGUUUAAUAGAUUUCUCAGUCGUUAAAUCAUCUUCUGCUGUAGUGAACCUCUUAAAAUAAAUGUUAGAAUUAGAUCCAUAUAAGAGAUGUUCAGUAUAAUAAGCUAGAUCUAAUAUAAUAUUCAAGAAAUUUAAUAGAUAAACUAUUAUUAUUAAAAGAAAAAGAUUUUAUUAGGAUUAGACAACUUCUAGUUAUAGUUCAAGAAGUUCCUCAAUUUAUCAAAGUCCAAUGAAUUAACCUUCUCCUCUCCUUCCUAUAAGUCCUACCUAUAAAUAUAUUGGAUUAUAAAAUCUUUGCUCCAUUCCAUUAAGACUAAGAAGUCAUGAUAGAAAAUUAAUUCCAUCUCCAAAUAAAUGCAAUUCUGGAGCAAACAGUGCUACAUUAUAAUUGAAAUUAAAAAACAAAAACUCAAAUUUUAAAAUCAAUCAGAAAAAUAACAUAACUGGUAUGUACUCUAGUAUAUGCUCAAAUAAAGCUAAUUGA